GGUUGAACCAUGAUUCCGGUGACAGAGCUCCGCUACUUUGCGGACACACAGCCAGCGUACCGGAUCCUGAAGCCAUGGUGGGACGUGUUCACUGACUACAUCUCCAUUGUCAUGCUGAUGAUCGCUGUCUUUGGGGGGACGUUGCAAGUCACCCAGGACAAGAUGAUCUGCCUGCCUUGUAAAUGGGUCACCAAGGACUCCUGCAAUGAUUCAUUCCGGAGCUGGGCGGCCACCAGCCCAGAGCCCACUUACCCUAACUCCACAAUCAUGCCGACCCCCGCCACAGGUCCCACAGGUAUCAAGUAUGACCUAGACCGCCACCAGUACAACUAUGUGGACGCCGUGUGCUAUGAGAACCGCCUGCACUGGUUUGCCAAGUACUUCCCCUACCUUGUACUCCUCCACACCCUCAUCUUCCUGGCUUGCAGCAACUUCUGGUUCAAGUUCCCACGUACCAGCUCUAAGCUGGAGCACUUUGUGUCCAUCCUGCUCAAGUGCUUUGACUCGCCUUGGACCACGAGGGCCCUGUCAGAGACAGUGGUGGAGGAGAGCGACCCCAAGCCAGCCUUCAGCAAGAUGAAUGGCUCCAUGGACAAGAAGUCGUCGACAGUCAGUGAGGACGUGGAGGCCACUGUGCCCAUGCUGCAGCGGACCAAGUCACGGAUUGAGCAGGGCAUCGUGGACCGUUCUGAGACAGGUGUUCUGGACAAGAAGGAGGGGGAGCAGGCCAAGGCCCUGUUUGAGAAGGUGAAGAAGUUUCGGACGCACGUGGAGGAGGGGGACAUAGUGUACCGCCUCUACAUGCGACAGACCAUCAUCAAGGUGAUCAAGUUCAUCCUCAUUAUCUGCUACACCGUGUAUUAUGUGCACAACAUCAAGUUCGACGUGGACUGCACCGUGGACAUCGAGAGCCUGACGGGCUACCGCACUUACCGGUGUGCUCACCCUCUGGCCACACUCUUCAAGAUCUUGGCAUCCUUCUACAUCAGCCUGGUCAUCUUCUAUGGCCUCAUCUGCAUGUACACGCUGUGGUGGAUGCUGCGGCGCUCCCUCAAGAAGUACUCGUUCGAGUCGAUCCGAGAGGAGAGCAGCUACAGCGACAUUCCUGAUGUGAAGAACGACUUUGCCUUCAUGCUGCACCUCAUCGACCAGUACGACCCGCUCUACUCAAAGCGCUUCGCCGUCUUCCUGUCGGAAGUAAGUGAGAACAAAUUGCGACAGCUGAACCUCAACAAUGAGUGGACCCUAGACAAGCUUCGUCAGCGGCUCACCAAAAACGCACAGGAUAAGCUUGAGCUGCACCUGUUCAUGCUCAGUGGCAUCCCUGACACCGUGUUUGACCUGGUUGAGUUGGAGGUCCUGAAACUGGAGCUGAUCCCCGACGUGACCAUCCCGCCCAGCAUUGCCCAGCUCACGGGCCUCAAGGAGCUGUGGCUGUACCACACGGCAGCCAAGAUUGAGGCUCCUGCCCUGGCCUUCCUACGAGAGAACCUGCGGGCACUGCACAUCAAGUUCACUGACAUCAAGGAAAUCCCACUAUGGAUCUACAGCUUGAAGACACUGGAGGAGCUGCACCUGACCGGCAACCUGAGCGCCGAGAACAACCGCUACAUCGUCAUCGACGGGCUUCGGGAGCUCAAGCGACUCAAAGUGCUGCGACUCAAAAGCAACCUGAGCAAGCUGCCGCAGGUUGUCACAGACGUGGGCGUGCACCUGCAGAAGCUGUCCAUUAACAACGAGGGCACCAAGCUCAUUGUCCUCAACAGCCUCAAGAAGAUGGUGAACCUGACAGAGCUGGAGCUGAUCCGCUGUGACCUGGAGCGCAUCCCCCACUCCAUCUUCAGCCUCCACAACCUGCAGGAGAUUGACCUCAAGGACAACAACCUCAAGACCAUCGAGGAGAUCAUCAGCUUCCAGCAUCUGCACCGCCUCACCUGCCUUAAGCUGUGGUACAACCACAUCGCCUACAUACCCAUCCAGAUCGGCAACCUCACCAACCUCGAGCGCCUCUACCUGAACCGCAACAAGAUCGAGAAGAUCCCUACCCAGCUCUUCUACUGCCGCAAGCUGCGCUACCUGGACCUCAGCCACAACAAUCUGACCUUCCUCCCUGCUGACAUCGGCCUCCUGCAGACCCUCCAGAACCUGGCCGUCACGGCCAAUAGGAUUGAGGCACUCCCUCCCGAGCUCUUCCAGUGCCGGAAGCUGCGUGCCCUACACCUGGGCAACAACGUGCUGCAGUCCCUACCCUCGAGAGUCGGGGAGCUCACCAACCUGACGCAGAUCGAGCUGCGGGGCAACCGGCUGGAGUGCCUGCCUGUGGAGCUGGGCGAGUGCCCAUUGCUAAAGCGCAGUGGUCUGGUGGUGGAGGAGGACUUGUUCAACACACUGCCGCCUGAGGUGAAGGAGCGGCUCUGGAGAGCUGACAAGGAGCAGGUCUGAGCACAGCCUGGAGCAGUCUUCAACCGGGACCCCAGUAUGCCCUAAGACGUGGGCAGCCCAGACCUACCCUCCCAGGACUGCUGGGUGGCCCGCCAGGAUCCACCCAGGCAGAGCCCAGGACAGGCGUGAUCUGGGCCAGGACAGAAGACCGGAACUGAGGGGCUGGCCCCUUUUUUCCCUUUGAGACUCAUGCCCCAGGGCAGGCCCUUGUUAGAGAGCCCAGGAGCCAGCCAGUCUUAGAGUGCAGUAUUUGGACAAUCAUGGUCUCACCCUGGAGGCCGUCUCUGCCUCAGAGGCCAAGCCAGCACCAGAGGCCCAGGGACAGCACUGAGCCUCUUGGUCUAUUUUUGCCCACCUCCCAUCCCCUCCAGAUAACUUACACAUUCCCAAGAAGGUUGGGCUCCGUGGGAGGUGUCUAAGCAACAUGGGGGUGUUCCCCUUUUCCUUUCCAGGUGAUGCUGACAGAACUAAAUGCCCACCCAAACCUGGGCAGAGUGGGCAAGCCAGCUGCAGGACGGUUGCCCUGUUGGCACUGGACUGUGACCUCUGGCAGCAAAGCCUGUGGGAAACCAGGCCUCCGGUGCAAAGGCCAGGCCUGGGGCUUACCCCGUUUGUUUCUCAAGCAAUUUUAGAUUUUUUUUUUUAAGUCAAACAAUUUUUUUAAAGCUUUGAAAAUGAUGGUUUGGGUAUUAAAAAGAAAAA